UUGUCCUUGCCCUCCAACUCCAUUUUCAUACCUUACUAAACAGGGUUCAAGAGAAGCACAAAUUCUAAUUUGCCACGCUAUCAAUGAUUUGUCCCAAGGAGAUAUCGAAAAGGUUAGUUUGAUUUGCACCUAUCCAAAGGGUGGGUUUGAUUCGCCUAUAAAAUCUACACUCUUGCGACUCUUUGUCAAACACAACACAGGUGGAGAGAGCAGACCCUACGAGUACAACACAAUUUUCUGUUUAUUUUUGAUCGGAGAGAGAGAAAAAUGGCGAUGAAACGCGCUGCAGUCUCUGCAAUUCGAGGGUUUGCUUCAUCGGGAAAUUCAGCUUCAUCGCUAUUAACAAGAGAUCUUCAUGCUUCAUCUGGAAGCAAAAAGAUUGUUGGUGUCUUCUACAAGGCAAACGAAUAUGCUGCAAUGAAUCCCAACUUUGUGGGAUGUGUGGAGAAUGCUUUGGGCAUACGUGAGUGGCUGGAAUCAAAAGGCCACCAGUACAUAGUCACUGACGACAAAGAAGGACCAGAUUGUGAACUUGAGAAACAUAUUCCUGAUCUCCAUGUCUUGAUAACGACCCCUUUUCAUCCGGGCUAUGUUACGGCUGAAAGGAUCAAGAAGGCAAAAAAUUUGCAACUGUUGCUUACAGCUGGAAUUGGCUCAGAUCAUGUUGACCUAAAUGCUGCGGCCGCUGCUGGUUUAACGGUUGCAGAGGUCACUGGAAGUAAUGUUGUUUCAGUGGCAGAAGACGAACUCAUGAGGAUCCUCAUUCUCGUUCGGAACUUCUUGCCUGGCUACCAUCAGGUUAUCAAGGGGGAAUGGAAUGUUGCAGGUAUUGCUCACAGAGCUUAUGAUCUCGAAGGCAAGACUGUUGGAACCGUCGGUGCUGGACGUAUUGGCAGGCUUUUACUUCAAAGGUUGAAACCUUUCAAUUGUAAUCUACUUUACCAUGAUCGUGUCAAGAUGGACUCUGAGUUGGAGAAUCAAACUGGGGCAAAGUUUGAGGAAGAUCUUGAUGCAAUGCUUCCUAAAUGCGACAUAAUUGUCAUCAACAUGCCUCUAACAGAGAAAACAAAAGGGAUGUUUGACAAAGAUAGGAUUGCCAAGUUGAAGAAGGGAGUGCUGAUUGUCAACAAUGCACGAGGAGCAAUCAUGGAUACACAAGCAGUUGCUGAUGCUUGUUCCAGUGGACACAUUGCAGGUUACAGUGGGGAUGUGUGGUACCCACAACCAGCUCCAAAGGACCAUCCAUGGCGGUACAUGCCAAACCAAGCUAUGACCCCGCAUAUUUCUGGAACUACAAUCGAUGCACAGUUGCGCUAUGCUGCUGGAGUUAAAGACAUGCUGGAGAGGUACUUCAAAGGAGAGGAAUUUCCUCCACAACAUUACAUUGUCAAGGAAGGGGAACUAGCUAGCCAGUACCGUUGAAUCUGUGGUGCAGCUGGCUAAAUUCACCCCUCUACAGGGCAAUUAAUAAUACUCAGCUGAGUCAGUUUGCUGAAAAAGAAUAAUAUUUAGCUGAGAUGCUUUUGGAAUAAGUAGGGUUUUCAGUUACAAUGUUUUCAACAGUACUUGUAAUGCUUAAGUGGUGAACUUAUGUUGGUUAUCAUGUUAUUACAACUUUAUGAUACAUGCAUGUUUUAUAGUCUGGUGUGCUUUGGUUUCUG